AUGGAUUCGUUCAAUAGUCCAGGUUAUAAUCCAUACAAGGAUGUUAUCAAACCCAGAAACUCUGAUCAAAUUCGUGAUUAUGAUGAAUAUUAUAAUAAAGAUGUUGACUCAAAACCUGAUAACAUUUUAAUGUAUCCCGAAGAAAUUGCUCUUCAUCGACAAGCAUCCGCAAGAAAGCUUGAAAGUAGAAAUGUCAGUCGUUCUGGUACUAUAAAAAAUCUUGCAAGAGGUGAUUCCGUUAAACGAUUACCACAACUUGAUAGAUUUGAUCCUACGAAUGCUUAUAAUUCAACUGUUACUGUUAAAAAUCCAAGUACUGAAAUUGAAAAAUUUCAAUCUUGGAUGAUUAAUGAAGGAGCAAGAACCAUAUUUUUUGGAAUAUGGAUAUUUCUUCACGCAUUGGUAUUUACAAUGGCUUUUCUCAAUUUUUUCUACAGUGAUAACUUAUCCACAGCUCGGUCAAUAUUUGGUCUUACUUUUGUAUUUGCACGUUCAGCUGCACUUGUUUUACACGUUGAUGCAGCCAUGAUUUUAUUUCCAGUAUGCAGAAAUUUAAUUUCAAUGUUUCGAGCAACUCCUUUGAAUGGGAUAAUUCCCUUUGAUAAAAAUAUCGAAUUUCAUAAGGCUAUUGGUUGGUCAAUUUUAUUCUUUACGAUUAUACACACAGUAUCACAUUGGGUUAAUUUCUGGGAACUCGCCCGGGCAAAUAAUGGUGGCAUUGUAAUGUGGCUUCAACUUAAUUUUAUGAGUGGUCCCGGAGUUACCGGUUAUGUGAUGUUAAUUUGUCUACUUGUCAUGGUAUUCUUUGCUAUGGAAAAUAGAAGACGUAAAAAUUUUAAUCAGUUCUGGUAUUUUCAUCAUUUGUUCAUUCCAUUCUUUGCCGCUUGGUCUUUCCAUGGUGCAUUCUGUAUGAUUAAACCAGAUAGAGCACCUUAUUGCAAAGAUAUUGCAGUAUUUUGGAAAUAUUGGAUUGCUUCAGGUGUAAUUUAUACUGGUGAACGUAUUCUCCGUGAAAUAAGAGCACGUCACAAAACUUACAUUUCAAAAGUUGUUAUGCAUCCAUCACGAGUAGUUGAAAUUCAAAUUAAAAAAGAACACACUACCACCAAGGCAGGACAAUAUAUCUUUUUAUGUUGUCCUGAAGUAUCAUAUUGGGAAUGGCAUCCAUUUACUUUAACUUCUGCACCUGAAGAAGAUUUUAUCUCUGUACAUAUUCGUGUUGUUGGUGAUUUCACAGAAGCACUUGCUAAGAAACUUGGAUGUGAUUUUGAUAAUGAAAAAAAAUUACGUAAAGAAAAUAAAGAAAAUAAAGAAAAAGAUAAUAAAGGUCGCAUAAAAAGUCAAUAUGAUGGUAUUGACAUAUCAACCAAUAAUCCACAAUUACAAAAAAUUCUUCCUCGAGUUAUGAUUGAUGGACCAUUUGGUAGCGCGUCGGAAGAUGUUUUUAAAUUUGAAGUGGCAAUGUUGGUUGGUGCAGGUAUUGGAGUUACACCAUUCGCAAGUAUCGCGUAA